AACAACAGCUGCUAUAACAACAACAACUGCUGCUCCAACAACAACAACUGCUGCUCCAACAACAACAACUUCUCCAACCACUACAACAGCUGCUCCAACAACAACAACAGCUGCUACAACCACAACAACUGUGGCACCAACAACAACAACAGCUGCUCCAACAACAACAACUGUCCCAACCACAACAACAGCUGCUACAACAACAACAACUGCUGCUCCAACAACAACAACUGCAGCUCCAACAACAACAACAGCUGCUCCAACAACAACAACUGUCCCAACCACAACAACUGCUACUACAACAACAACAACUGCUGCUCCAACCACAACAACUGUGGCACCAACAACAACAACAGCUGCUCCAACAACAACAACUGCUGCUCCAACAACAGCAGUUGCUCCAACCACAACAACUGCCCCAACCACAACAACUGCUGCUCCAACCACAACAACAGCUGCUACAACAACAACAACAGCUGCUCCAACAACAACAACUGCAGCUCCAACAACAACAACUGCAGCUCCAACAACAACAACAACAGCAGCUCCAACAACAACAACAACAGCUGCUCCAACAACAACAACUGUCCCAACCACUACAACAGCUGCUACAACCACAACAACCGCCCCAACCACUACAACUGCUGCUACAACAACAACAACAGCUGCUACAACCACAUCAACUGUGGCACCAACAACAAC